AUAUUAUAACUUAUUUAUUUAUUUAACACUGUUUUUCAACUAUGAUUGUUCACUAUAUAUUUCAAAACACAGAUUUAAUUAAACACACAGUAAUAUUAAAAUUUCUAUUGGUUUUUUAAAAUUUCUAUUCGUAUUUUCAAAAUAUCUGUUGGUAAUAUCAAAUUUCUAUUGGCAGUAACAAGUUUCUAUUGGUAUUCUCUACUAUUUCUAUUGGUAAUUUUAAAUAUCUAUUGAAAGUAACAAAUUUCUAUUGGUAGUAUCCAAAAUUUCUAUUGGUAGCAGCUGGUUUUCUAACACUACUGACUAGCAGCUAUUAAUCAACUAAGAUUAGUUGAAUUUAACACUUUUGUAACUGCGAAUAUCAGUUACCACUUUUUUCGUCUAGCUAACACUUUUCACUACCUAUAUGUAACGGCGAAAUUUCCGUUACCACUUUUUUCAGCUAGCCAACACUUUUUUCACUAUAUGUAACUGCGAAUAUCAGUUACCACUAUUUUUGGCUAGCUGACACUAUUUUACUAUAUGCAACUGAGAAUUUUCAGUUGCCACUUUUUCCGACUAUGUGUAACUGCGAUUUUUCAGUUACGACCUUUUUCGGCUAGCUAAACUUUUUCUAUUUCACUUUAACUUUUCACUGUGUUCUGCUACUAGUCACUUCAGCUACUACCGGAUACUACUGCUUGUUACUGGUAGUUCUUCAUACUACAAUGUUACUGUGAUUUGCCCCUAUAAGGUAGACUUCGGCUAUACUCUAUAGAGAGCCGCUUGCCAAUUUCCGGUUUUGCCUUUUUAUUAUGAAACAUUUUCAUUACGUAAUUUGCACAAAUCGCAAUUUUUCUAUAUAAUGCUAAUUUUUACAUUAACACGCUAUACACUAUAAAAUAGACAUUUUGGUCCUUUAUCAUUAUGUGAUAAGGGUUACUUGAUAUAUUUACAUUCAAAAAAGUUAUUAAUCAAAAUGUACCAAAUUUACAUAACAAAAGUGCACAUUAAUUCUUUAAUUUUACUAUAUUUCUCAAAUGCGUUUAUUUACAUAAAUUAUCUAUUUACUUAUUUCAAUCUAUAUACCAUAUGCUAACUAAAUAUCGUUAUAACAAUUCUUUCAGAACAUAAAAAUAUUCUCAUUAUUUUCAUAUAAACUAUUGCGCAGUUAAUUAACUUCUAGAAAGUUCCACGAUAUGCUGCGCUGUGAUUGGUCGAAAUUUUAUUUAAUGUUUAAAGUCGUUUAUAUCAACUUAUUAUUAAAACGAUACUUUAUACAAAUAUAUUACGAGUUGUAAACAUACUGUAAAACUAUAUUAAACACAAUUUAUUCGAUUUUGUUGCCAAUUUCACUUUUUAAAACAAUUUAAUAUUCUUUAAUCACUUUUUGCUUAAAGUCUUUAAACCGUCGCGAACAAUAUUCGAUGAAACAAAAACACAUGAUGGAAGUUGUAAAGUAAGUACACCCACUUUUUGUGCACUUUAUUUUGUUUAUAUAGAUUAUCUAUACAUGCGUAAUUUUGACAAACAUAUCCGUAGCUCGUUUGGUCUAGAGCCGUGGUAGCUCAGAUGGUUAGCGCUCGCUGUUAGCUUCACAAUACUCGAGCAACCCGGGUUCGAUCCCGUGCAUUGAAUUAGUUUUCUACCGACUUCAAAAAGGAAACGGUACUCAAUUCGACUGUAUGUUAUUUUAUGUGUGUUACCUCAUAACUUUUUACUAGGUGAACCGAUUUCGAUGAUUCUUUUUUUAUUUGAAAGCUGGUGCAUCACAUAUGGUCUCAUAUAAAUUUGAUUAAGGUUUGACCAAUAGAUUUCGAAUUAUUGUUAAUAAUUUAUAUUGAAGUCGGUUGUACACAAUUUUUAAUUAUUUUAAAUUAUUACUACAUAAUAUAAGUAUACUUUUUGCUGAUUUUCUUAUUUGAGGUAAUGGUUUUUUAUUUUUUUCUUGUUUGUUAUAAAUUUUCAGUAAUUAUAUAUAUUUUUCUGAUUUUCGUAUUUUUGAAAUAAUCAUAAUGCUAUUUUAUUGUUUCUUCUUUAUAGUAAAAAGAAACGGUUGUCGAGCAAUCCGUCAGUAGAUGAACCAUCGGAGAAAACUUUUCAUGAAUUACAAAAAGAUUCUGAGCACGAAAACCCAGAGACAUCACUUUCAAUUGUGACUCCAGGAGCCAAUUCAAAAUCAAAUUAUGAUGAAGAAAUCACUGGCGAUGUGCUAUUCGAUGAACCGUUGACCGAAGCUCAAGAAAAUAAUAUAUACCCACCAGUUCAUGGUCGAAGAGUCGUUGACAUUAUGUAUUUUAUCAAACAGCUUCAAGCUAUAUCCGGCCACAGUUCUUUGUUCAAUUGCGGUUUCUCACAACUAUCACUCAUAGGAGAAAAAAGGAUUGGCUUGAUCUCCACAUUCAAGUUUAGAUGCAAUAUGUGUAAAGACGUCUUUAUUGUCACAAGCGAAGAUUUAUCGAGUAUACAUAAUGUCAACACUAACGUGGGUGCCGUUACAGGAAUUACUUCUGCUGGUAUCGGUUUUUCGCAAUUUGAAGAAAUUACAGCAUGUAUGGACAUACCCAUAUUUACGAAAAAAACUUAUGCUCAAGUUCAAAACAAAGUUUACGACAAAUGGGAGUCAACAUCUGUCGAAUCCAUGGCGGCAGCAGCUAUGCGUGAGCGUGAUGCAGCGCUAGCUCAAGGAACAUUGAGCAAAGAUGGCAUACCUCUAAUAGACGUAUAUGCCGACGGCUGUUGGUCAUCGCGAUCCUACGGAAAUAAUUAUAAGGCAUUGUCCGGCGCUGCAGCAAUCGUAGGUCGCAGAUAUGGUGAAGUGUUGUUUCUAGGCAUUAGAAACAAAUACUGCCUUGUAUGUGCUCGUGCAGAGAAAAAACACAUUGCUGCACCAGAACACGUUUGCUUCAAAAACUACACGGGGGCAUCUAGCGGAAUGGAGUCCGAAAUAAUUUGCCAAGGAUUUGAAACAUCUGUAUCGAUGUACAAUGUUAUUUAUGGCAGGAUAAUUGCUGACGGCGACUCAGCUACAUAUGCGAAAAUCUUGGCGCGUAAUCCUUACCAGAAUCAUACCGUUCAAAAAGUUGAAUGCCGAAACCAUGUGCUGCGUAACAUGUGCAAUAAGUUGAGGGCUGUAGCCAAAGACACAAAAUAUGCCUUGGUGCACAGAAAGAUGCUGACUGAAUCAAAAAUUCUGAGUAUCCGAAAGGUUGUCAUUGCAUCAAUAAAAGAGUAUAAGCCAGAAAAAGACAAUACGGAAGCAGUAGCAAGUUUUAGGAACGAAAUACAAAAUUCUAUUCUACAUGCUUUCGGGAAUCAUGAAAAUUGCAAGAACUAUUACUGUUCUAAGGAAAAGACACAACAGAGUAAUAUGGAAAUAAAAAACACAAUUUUUUGGUUCAGGAUACAGACAAUACUCCAGUCAUUACUUUUAAAAUCAAGAAGCAUGCUUGAAGACGUGGAUACCAAUGCAGUAGAGCGCUUCAACAGUGUGAUUGCAAAGUUUGUGGGAGGAAAGAGAAUUAAUUUCUCUCUUCGUCGGGGUUACCGCGCGCGUUGCAAUGCUGCAGUCGUUUCUUUUAAUAACUCCCACCCAAGACAUCUACUUCAUAAAAAAAUUUUAGGGAAAAGUCCCAAAAGCAUCCUAAAAAAGUUUGAAGAACGAAGAGUGGUGAAAAGAAAAUUAUACAAAGCAAAUCCUCAUAAAAAAAAUCGGAUGCUAAAGAAAGAAAAUGCUGUUCAACAUGAUUAUGGGGCUCAGAGUACUACUCCAGAUUUCACACUGGAUGAAUUAAAUGCCGCUAAAGAAUCGUUCCUUCAAAAUCUAAAACAACUAACUUCAGAC